AUGCCCAUCAGUUAUUUGAUUCUGCUCUCCCGCCAGGGCAAAGUGCGCCUCGCCAAGUGGUUCACCACUCUCUCCCCCAAGGAGAAGGCCAAGAUCAUCAAGGAUGUGACCCAGCUGGUGCUGUCCCGCCGGACGCGGAUGUGCAAUUUUCUGGAAUACAAAGAUUCGAAAGUCGUCUACCGUCGCUAUGCAUCACUCUUCUUCAUCGCGGGAUGUUCGUCGACCGACAAUGAAUUGAUCACCCUGGAGGUGGUGCACCGUUAUGUGGAGCAGAUGGACAAAUACUACGGGAAUGUGUGUGAGCUGGACAUCAUUUUCAAUUUCCAAAAGGCAUAUUUCAUCCUGGAUGAGUUAUUAUUGGCGGGGGAAUUGCAAGAGAGCAGCAAGAAGAAUGUGCUACGGUGUAUCAGCCAGCAGGACAGCCUGGAGGAUAUGGAGGUCGAGGAAGAUGUGGUCACCAAGAUCAUGUAG